CCAAAUUUUUGUUGUUGUUUAUUCAAAUUGUUGUUGAUUGAAGAUUAAAUUUGAAUGCAUAGGUAACUCUAUUGGAGAUUUUAAAUUUUCGCUUGCCGUGUCACGGCGAACAUUGUUGUACAUUGAACGGCCAUGAGCUUGAAACAUAGUCCGGGCCGAAAAAUUCUGAUUGCACUUAUCAACGCGUACCGAAAUAUGAUUAAAUCAAAUUAAGUUAGGUUAUGCAUAACUCGAUUAAUUGUGAACAAAAAAUGUACAGACAUUUAUGGCGAUGGAAAAAAUUAAUUUGCUCAAAUUUUUUUUUUUUAUUCUCUAAUCAUUUAUUAUAAAUAGCUAUUUUGUAAUAAGCAUUCGGUCUUCAAAAUACCUACCCACUUUCAAAUUGAUCCGUGUAAAGUGACCAAGUGAGUAUAUAUUGACGUAACCAAUGAAACAUAUUGAAAUACAUCAACACUACAACUUAAAUGCGAAUAGGUGGAUAUAAUUGUAUUAUUGUAGGUACGUAUUAUGUAGCUACCGUGCAAUAGGUAAUUUAAUUUAAAUGUAAAGAAAUCGACGGUGAUAAUACGGUGGCGGUUUACUUAUAAUCACGGUCAUUAGAGCCCGCAGACAUUUUUCCAGAGGGGGGGGGAGGGGCAAAAUUAAAUAUUUUACACUGUACGUAAUUUACAUUUUGAUAAAAAAAAAAAAACCAAAUUACAUGGGUAAAAGGUAAUAUUAAAAGCUAGGACGAGUGACAAUCGCCCAUUUUCGCCUCCUCCUCCGGACGCUUGCGGCCACUGUGUUGUAAAUGUUGUAAGCAUAGAUAACAGAUUUAUUAUCCAUGGUUGUGCGGCCGUGCCGUGGUAUAACCACGGUAAAAGAAAUCUUCAAUAUCUUAUCUCGCUUUGUCUUAUCUACAUUCGGUGAAAUUUACUGGUCAAAUUAACAUUUACUGUAAAAUAUUACGACUUUACUGUCUCCAUUCCUCGUGGUUUUGUGUAAAUAUUGGUUAUUACCGUGGAUACUGGACACUUGCAUGUUAUUAUGUUAUAACUAAAGUCCAACUUAUAUCAUAUUAUGUACCUACCUGCAUAAUAUUAUCUAUGUCUAAAUAAUAAUCUAUUAUUUUGAACUCGUAAAUUAGACACGUGAGUCAAGAUUGAAAUAUAUCAUGAUGCACUCUUGUAAUUAUACCGAUAUUAGUCGAUAAGCUUUCGCUUUCGUAGAAACAGUUCAGUAUGAAACAAUCAUAUAUGUCUGAUAAUAUAAUUACCGAUUUUUUUAUUCAUCCGAUAGAAAAUUUGUACAUAAUAUGUUAGUCUGGUCAUUUUGUUAAGUGUUUGCACAUGAUUGAUUUCUGAACCAAAUGAAUUCGAUUUUAAUCUUUAUAAUAAUUAAUAUUUUGUUUUUUGAUUCAACGGAGCCGAAAACGAUGAGUAAAUUUACAUAUUUUGCAUAUGGAAGCAACAUGCUCAUGAGUCGCAUACAUUUGAACAAUCCGUCAGCUGUGAGAAUUGGAAUCGGUAAACUGAAUGUAUGUACCUAAUGCACCUUGAUUUAAUGAAAUCAAUUACUUACCUAAAUAAGAUUUUACAUUUUAUAAAUGUUUGUUUUCCUUUAAGGAGUACCGCUUAGAUUUCAGUAGAUAUUCAAAAAAGUGGGAUGGGAGUGUUGCUACAGUGGUCCCAGACCAUACAGAAUAUGUUUGGGGUGUUUUAUGGCAAUUAAAUAAAACUGAUAUGGCCAAUCUAGAUAAACAAGAAGGAGUCGGUCAUGGUGUGUAUAAGGUAUUCAACGCAACUGUGACAUUUGAUGAAAAGAAUGAAACAUGUCGUUGUUAUAUGUUGGUUGAACAACCCAAAAAAGAAAACCCGAUACCACCAGAAAGAAGACCGUCUAAAGCUUACCUUCGAACCAUGAUAAAUGGGGCCAAUGAAAGUAAUAUACCAUUGGAUUAUGUACAAUUUCUCAAUGAUAUACCAAAUAAUGGUAAAGAUGGUCCAAAAGAACUACAUAGUUUAAAGUUAACAGAAUGAAUAUUUUUAAAAAUAUACUAAUAGCAUUUUAUAAUUACUUGGGUUUUAAAUACAAUUGUUAUACUUAAAACCUAUAAUUAAAUAAAAUAGAAAACUGUUUAAAGAAACAGUUAAAAAUUGAAUUCAUAAAAUAUUAUGAACAAAUAUAAUAAUAUACGGUGAAAAAAUGGUUAUGAAAACUAUGUAUCAACUAUGAUUAAUAAUUAGACAUCUAUUAUUGUUGUCAAAAUUUAAUUUAAUUACUUAGAUGGUAGGAAAAAUGUAUAAUGUAAUAAAUAAAUUGUAAAAUUUUAUCAUAACUACCCUAUACCAAUUAAAAAAAAAAGGCAAUCCUAAAUGAAGUAGAAAGUAACUCUUUAAGAUUAAUAUAAAUAAUUGAUACAAUUAAUUGCCCAUUAAGACUAGCCAAAAAGACGAUAAAUAAAAUACUAUCGUGAAAAAAAUCUAUUUUAUUCCGAUCUUAUUUGUAGUUCAUUUUUAGUUAAGUAGCCUAUACUAACGUGACUAUAUGUACAACUUUUGAACUAUGUGUCCUGUUGUCUCCAAUGAACGCAAAAUUGUUCUACUUGGAAAAAAAAAGUGACUGAAAUGCAUUU